AUGACGAUACCACAGAUGUCCCCCCGCGACCACUUUCUCGCUUGGAUGGAUGCCGUCGACGUCGCCGACACAACACAAACGUUCGAUGCCAUGGUGGCCGCCGCCAACGUCACCUCCUCCCAAGGGCUAGCUCUCUACACCGCCCUCAAAGCCGCUCUUCUCCCCAUCCUGCCGUACCGCCAAAAAGGCUUGUUCACCGCCAUCGACGGCAAACUCGCUGCCACCGCUACCCUCCGCGAGGAAUCCUCGCCUACCGGCCGCAUACUCAUCAGCGGUGCCGGGCCUUGCGGGCUCCGGUCAGCGGUGGAAUGCGCGCUUCAGGGCUACCACGUCACAGUGCUGGAGCUGCGAUCCCAGUUCAGUCGCCACAAUAUCAUCAAGACGUGGAAGACGAUCAUCCAGGAUCUGACGAGCUUGGGGUUGUCGCAGUACAUGCCUGCCUUCCAGCCGCAUGGACAUCUACACCUGGAGACCAAGCAGAUUCAACUUGUCCUGUUGAAGACGGCGCUGCUGCUGGGCGUCCGGGUGCAGUAUGAUCAGGGCCUUUGUGGCUUGAUCGAGCCCAUUUCUGGAGUCGAUGCUCCGACGGCGUGGACAGGGUGGUCGUUACCCGCCGCAGAGGCAAAGGCGAUCGUCAAGAGCAAGAACAAUGCCGUUGCCGUGGAUUCCACCGGCAACGAGAGUGCGGACGCUAAUGAAAAGGAAGAGAUGAGCGAGGAGGAUACCCCGGCGGAGCUGGCCUUCCGCCACUCUGAAGCCAACCUCGACGGCGCCGAGAAGCGAUCGAAAGUAGACUUUGUCGAACGUGCGAGCUCACAAGACGGCGUCAUCACCCGCGCGGCGGCUGUACAUACGAUACCCUCGCAUGCCGUAAAACACGAAUUCGACGCCUUACUUGUAGCCGAAGGCGAAUCCUCCCGGCUGCUCCGCAAUCUCGGCUUCGACCGCAAGUACGUGCGCUUCGCCGAAGCGAUCGGGAUGGUCGUCAACCUCGAGUUCUCCCCGCAAGCCACGGACGCCAAAUCGAAGAGCCGCGCCCCUGAACUCCAACUCCCCGAGUUCGUCGGUUCCCGCGCUCAAGCCGAGUGGCGUACCGGCCCGCUCGGCAAACUGGAGAAACUCGGUGUCGGCAUCGAGAACAUGGAGUACAUGCGGGGUCUUAAGACCCAUUUCCUCGUCAUCACCGUCAAACGAGCAUCCCUACAUGAAGCCGGCGUCCUGCGCAACAACGAAGGCACCGUCCACGACGUCCUAUCACCCACCAACGUCGACAUCACCCAACUCCGCUCAUUCGCCCGUCACACGGCCUCCUCGGUCGGCGUGCCCCCCGACGCGCCCUUCUGCGCACAACACGGCGUGCAGCUCUUCGACUUUUCCGCAAAAGCCAUGACGAUGCAAUCCCUCAAAUUCCUCAGCCCCGCCGAUGACCCCACCCAUCCAACCGCGGUCGUCCUCCCCAUCGGCGACGCCUUCCAAAACCCGUUCUGGCCACAGGGCCUCGGCAUCAACCGCGGGUUCCACACCAGCCUUGACGCCGUGUACGCCGCGCACUUGUUCAUCACCACCCACGACACCGCGCUGGUCGAGCUGGAGCGCGGGUUUGCGCGCCGCACGUCCGAGUGGAUGGCGUUUGCUGAACAUUACUGCGUGCAGCCCAACCCGGCGGGACAUUGGACUUCCGACCCUGUCACGCGGUACGCGCCGCGGCUGUACCAGAGCAUGUAUUUGAGUGAGAAGAGUGAUCCGACGGCGAGGAAGGUUACGGAGCAGUUUAGGGGGAUGAAUGAGAGGGAUUUGGAGAGGAAGAGGGCGCAGAUUCCUGUGCCGGAGAGGGUGAAGGUUGCGCUGGGGUUGGAUGAGCCACGGUAG